UUGGUGAUCCCGCGGUGGACGCCGGGGCAAAGUCUGCCGGCCGGGGCAGAGCCCCGGGAGCCACAGGAGCUGGAAGCCUCCAGUUUCAAAGGGACCGCGACCCAGGGAGGAUCACGCAGCGAGGAUGCGGCAGAAGCCCGCGAGAAUGGGCCCCCAGCUAGGAGCGGAGUUGGGGCGGCAACCGGUGCUGGAGACCCGACCCUGAGGCAGGGGUGGGCGGAGCCGGGGGGGGGGGCAGUCCCCGGGCUGGGCUUGGGCGGGGCCUGAGGCUGGGGCUGCGGUGGGCGGGGCCUCAGGUGAGGAGGCGGUGCCUAAGCCUCAGCCUACCUGCGCUCAGGUGAGCCCGGCUGCGCUGCGUCUUCCUUCGGGUCUUGGUGGCAAGAAUGGGGCGGGAUCUGGGGCACUAGUGCGCCCCAGCAGCUCUGAGUUUCUCUCCCAAUUUGUGUAGGAGCUGAGGUUUCCUAAGGGAGACCCUGACACGGGGCCCCUGAGCCCUUCUAUUCCAGAGCACUUUUCUGGGGGUCCUCGCUAGGGCUUGGGGACCAGCACCCCUGUGUGAAAUUCUGGGUAAAACUUAGAAGUUUGUGCCUGUGAUGUGUUCCUGGGGUGCCCAGACCCAAAAGAGGUAGAAAUCAAGUCCUCCUGUCACCAUAGAGACAUAGGUGCCCAGAGAAGGCCAUGAGUUGUUGAAGGUCAUCCAGCUGUGCUCAGGCCUUGACCAGGACUCUUUCCACCAAUGCCUCGUGGACCUCGACCCGCAGAUCCUGAAGAACCCCGAGCACUCACUGGUCCCUCUUGACCUUAUGCUCCCACCCAUGCCCCUCCCUGCCCAGAAGUUAAUAGCUUGAGACACACUUCUCAGCCUGAUUCCAAUAAGACAGUCAUCUGCAGAGCCAGACCAACCCCCAGGUCACACCAUUGUGACAAAUUCAGUUUAGAAUUGCUUGGGGGCAGUUGUUGGAGCCGGGAACUAAUGUGUUACAAGGCCCGGCUGUGCACUCUGUGCACUUGCUUUGUGGGCCUGCAAGCCGGAUGACUUGAGGGGGAGCGAGGUUUUCAUGGUGGGGAGCUUAGGAAGGGGUUCCCAAGGACAGUGGGAGGGGUGGAAGCAGGAGACAGCAUCCUUAUCUUUUUGCCCUCCCCAGCCAUCAGUCCCCCUCCCCCACCCCUGACCGGAACUAGGAGGCCAAAGUCUGCCCCAAGGUCAAAAAAAUUGAUUGUUUUGCAGGGAAGGGGCAGGAGUGGGACUGUGGAGGGAUUGGCAGGGGACGGCACAGCCCCUUGUCCUCUAGCCUGGGCUGGGGGUUCAUAUCUGGAAGGCUGGACUGAGGCCAGGACAGUGCCCCCACCCCUUCAGGGGGAGAAGAACGGCUUGGGCUCAGGCUGCCUGCCAGGGCUGAUAAGGGGCCCUCUUGAGGCUCCCACAAACGGUUUAUCACUGUGGGGGGAACGGCCCGCAGGGCUCAGGAGGGGGCAUGAGCAUGGAGCGACUUUGGGGUCUACUUCAGAGAACGCAAAGGUUGUCCCCACGACCCUCUCAGACCAUCUACAAGCGUGUGGAGGGCACCCAGCAGUGGCGCCUGGAGGAGGAAGAGGAAGACGGGGAGGAGGGGGCUGAGCCAGCAGCCCACUUCUGCCCCAUGGAGCUGAGGGGCCCUGACCUGGGCUCUAGAGCAGGGAGGCAAAACCUUGGACUCUGGGCAGCAACAGGACGAAAGGCUGCCCCCUACCUGGUCCUGACAGCCCUACUGAUCUUCACUGGGGCUUUCCUUCUGGGCUACGUGGCCUUCCGCGGGUCCUGCCAGGCAUGUGGGGAUGACGUGUUGGUGGUCAGCGAGGACGUAAACUAUGAGCCGGGCCCAGACUCCCACCAGGGCACAUUGUACUGGAGCGACCUCCAGGCCAUGUUCCUGCGGUUCCUGGGGGAGGGGCGCCUGGAGGACACCAUCAGGCAAACCAGCCUUCGGAAAAGGAUGGCUGGCUCGGCCGGGAUGGCCGCUCUGGCUCAGGACAUCCGGGGGGCGCUCUCGAGCCAAAAGCUGGACCACGUGUGGAUGGACACGCAUUACGUGGGGCUGCAGUUUCCCGACCCUGCUCAUCCCAAUACCCUACACUGGGUCGAUGCGGAUGACAAGCUCGGGGAGCCCCUGCCGCUGGAGGACCACGACGUCUACUGUCCCUUCAGCGCCACGGGCAACGCCACGGGAGAGCUGGUGUACGCCCACUACGGGCGGCCGGAGGACCUGCAGGACCUGCGGACUCGGGGCGUGGAGACGGCGGGGCGCCUCCUGCUGGUGCGCUUGGGAGAGAUCAGCUUCGCCCAGAAGGUGGCCAGUGCCCAGGACUUUGGGGCCGGAGGAGUACUCAUAUACCCCGAUCCAGCAGACUUCUCCCAGGACCCACACAAGCUCAGGCUGUCCAGCCACAGGGCUGUGUAUGGACAUGUGCACCUGGGAACUGGGGACCCCUACACGCCUGGCUUCCCUUCCUUUAAUCAAACGCAGUUCCCUCCAGUCCAGUCCUCCGGCCUCCCUAACAUUCCCGCCCAGCCCAUCAGUGCGGACAUUGCGUCCCUCCUGCUGAGGAAGCUCCAAGGCCCUGUGGCCCCCCAGGAAUGGCAGGGGCACCUCCCAGUCUCCCCUUAUCGCCUGGGCCCUGGGCCAGGCUUGCAUCUCGGGGUCAACAACCACAGGGUCUCUACCCCCAUCAGCAACAUCUUUGGCUGCAUCGAGGGCCGCUCCGAGCCAGAUCACUAUGUUGUCAUCGGGGCCCAGAGGGAUGCUUGGGGCCCAGGUGCGGCCAAGUCCGCUGUGGGGACGGCCAUCCUGCUGGAGCUGGUUCGGACCUUUUCCUCCAUGGUGAGCAAUGGCUUCCAGCCCCGCAGGAGUCUGCUGUUCAUCAGCUGGGACGGAGGGGACUUUGGGAGUGUGGGCUCCACGGAGUGGCUGGAGGGCUACCUCAGCGUGCUGCACCUCAAAGCCGUGGUCUACGUGAGCUUGGACAAUGCAGUGCUGGGCGAUGACAAGUUCCAUGCCAAGACCAGCCCCCUUCUGAUCAGCCUCAUAGAGAACAUCCUGAAGCAGGUGGACUCCCCUAACCGCAGUGGGCAGACCCUCUUUGAGCAGGUGACCCUUAACAGUCACAGCUGGGACGCCGAAGUGAUCCGGCCGCUGCCCAUGGACAGCAGUGCCUAUUCCUUCACGGCCUUUGCGGGGGUCCCUGCCGUCGAGUUCUCCUUCAUGGAGGAUGGCGAGGCGUACCCGUUCCUGCACACGAAGGAUGAUACGUACGAGAACCUACACACGAUGCUGAGAGGCCGCCUGCCCGCUGUGGCCCAGGCUGUGGCCCAGCUCGCGGGGCAGCUCCUCAUCCGGCUCAGCCACGAUCACCUGCUGCCUCUGGACUUCGGCCGCUACGGGGACGUGGUCCUCAGGCACAUCGGCAGCCUCAACGAGUUCUCCAGGGACCUGAAGGCCCGCGGGCUGACCCUCCAGUGGGUGUACUCAGCGCGGGGGGACUACAUCCGCGCGGCAGAGAAGCUUCGAAAGGAGAUCUACAGCUCGGAGGAGAGCGAUGAGAGGCUGAUGCGCAUGUACAACGUGCGGAUCAUGCGGGUGGAGUUCUACUUCCUGUCCCAGUACGUGUCGCCGGCCGACUCCCCGUUCCGCCACAUUUUCCUGGGCCGCGGAGACCACACGCUGGGCGCGCUGCUCGACCACGUGCGGUUGUUGCGCUCGGGCGGCUCUGGAGACCCAGGGGCCGCCGCCUCCAGGGUGGCUCCCGGACUGGGCUUCCAGGAGAGCCGCUUCCGACGCCAGCUGGCCCUUCUCACCUGGACGCUGCAGGGAGCCGCCAACGCACUUAGCGGGGACGUCUGGAACAUCGAUAACAACUUCUGAGGUCCAUGGUGGGAGGGUGCGGGGGGGGGUGGGUGGGGAGAAGCUGGGGCAUAUGCCCGGAGCUCUUGCUCUCCCGUUAGAGUGAUUUCUGGGUGAUGGAGGUGCCUAGUACCACCUGUCGUUGCCAACCGAUUUCUCAUCAGCCCUUCCGGUCUCUGCAAGGGGCCCAGCCAAGAUGCCAGCGCAGACACCCACCCCCAGGCCCUGCAGUGUAGGAGCAGGUGAGCUGUGCCUUCCACAAUGGGCCGGCCAUACUGUCAGCUAAUCUGAGAGCAUCCGGGUGCUCAUCGCACAGCCCCUUCCCCUUCAGGAAAGGGGGUCCCUCACACCUAGCGACGCCUCUGGAUGGUUUCCUAGGCCCUGGGAGGGGGCCAGCCCUCUUGGUGGGAGAAUGGCUGGAACUGUAGCCUAUAGCCCCAGCAGGUGGUCUGUGGUGGGAAGGGCUGGAGUUUGGUCCUGAAUAAACUAGAUGGUGGCAUCUGUUCUUUAUAAACA